GGCUGGUCCCCAUAUCUCGCCUCUUGCCAAGUCCACUGGCUGCUCCGUGCUUUUCCCUCGGAGCCAUUCGGCAGUCCGACUCUGUCUGGAUCUCAUAUUUGCUCUGAUUCCUGCACAAGCACCGCUGCUCCUGUCCUGCCUCUGCCUCGCUGCAUCUGUCUCGCUGCAUCUGCUCGCCCAGUCCCCACCACCACCACCAUGAAACCCCAAAAACUGGAGAUCACCCUCAAGCCCAGGCGAAACGAAUCGGUUCUCGUCAGAGGUUUCGCCGGUGUCGAUGGCGUUGUCGUCGGGAACAUUGUCGUCAGGAACGUCACCUCCAAACCGAUCACCAUCAAGCGUCUGACGAUUGCCUUCAAGGGCACGAUACUCGUUUAUGGGCCGCAACUUGUCUUCAUCGACCGCCACCUCAUCACAGCCGGCACCAGCAUCUAUGUCGGCCCUACGCCGUCGGAGCAAAAGCGCAUGUCGAAAAAGCAGCCUCCGGAGCUCGUCCUAUCGCCGGGAGGAACGUUUGAGUCAGCCUUCCGCUUCUCCAUCCCCACAUGCUGCACAAAGGGCACCCUUAACGGCAUGGCUCUUCCGUCGAGCAUGGCAUUUGAGACAUCUCCGGGCAAACCCGUGGGUGGCUGCGCCUACUUUUUGAGAACAUUUGUCCAGUUCAAGGAGAGUCUCUUCAAGUCGUCGACGAUCGAAUUCGACCAGAAUGUUCCCAUCGAUGCCUGGAACAUGAACAUACUCCCUGAGAUCCUGGCUGACCCUGUGCCCAUCAUAUGGCAGAGGGUCAACAGCUAUGCUUCGUGGAUGGUCUCUGUUGACCGGAGCAUCAUCUCCAGAGCCGGCGACAUUGUUCUGCGGUACUGGGUCACUUGCAUCGACGGCGUCUCGGUCAGCGAGCUCCAGUGGGAGCUGUUUGAGACCCGCAAGCUCACAUCCUUCCAGAAGGAGAGUCUAUCUUCGACGGAUCGGGUGAUGUGGUGGGUUAAGAAGGCCGAGCCGAGCGACCGCUUUGAUCUGAUUACCGAAGCUAUGAUUCAUAUCGACCCCAUCCCCAACUCGGUUCGAUUCAACGACACGACGGUCGACUCUUACCGAGCCCACUUUGAGGACGAUUGGUCGCUUCAUCCUUCGGGCGACUGGUCCAUCGUGCACAUCGAGCAUUACUGCGUUCUGACGAUCCACUUCAACAACGCCAAGACGGUGAGCUUCACCGCUCCAGUGACCGUCGUGCCUGGCACAAACGAUGACUGGCGCAACCUGCGAACUGUCACGUUUGGCUACGAUGAUCCCGGAGAGGGCCUCCCAACAUACCAACACUCCAACCAAACCGUGGAAGCCCUCAGCUCGGAUCCGCCGACGAUCAAUGAAAAUGCCGAGACCGGCACGACAAGCCUCCGUGCAUUCACGCCGCGGUUGAGCUUUGGCGAUCGCUUCCGAAGCUCGUUGCACCGGCUCCCCUCGUACCGUCGGGUUGUGCAAAUGGCCAGCAUCGAGUCUCUGCCGGAUGUGAUUCGGCUUCCAUCCUAUGAGAACAUGGACGAUCCGAUCAACCGAUACGACGAUACCGAUUCGCAGAGCGUUGCCACAGUCCGGUAGUGCGGCGCUUUCGGCUGCUCCGUGUGCGGCAUUCCUGAGCGCAGCCGACACAAAACCCGAGUCAAUCCAAGCGACUGGGCUGGGCAGUCCCUGCUCGGUGGGCUGCCUGUCAUCGAAACCCAUCCCUGAAUCUCAUGGCUGUAUUCAUUUUGGUUCCCCGAGCUUCGGGGUGCCAUGCAUCUCUGUCUUUGCCUUGAGGUCUGCUCCCUUCUGCUAUGGCUGCCAAUUGCAUGUCUUUUUUUUUUUUUGACUUGUUCGGUCGACGCCCUCCCGCCGAUGGUGUCAACCUGCUUCUGAAUUUCUCUACCUGUGCGUUGAAACGAGGUUACCGAAUGUGAAUAUCCCAAACAAAUACAACAAAGCUAAC